ACUCUUACCUUCAAUCUUCGUUUCAUUGAUCUCUUUCCUAUACAUUUCCGUGUGUUUUUCUUCAAUCAAAGAUGAGACCAGAAACUCUCGAGGUUAUUCAGGCACAGCUCACAGCUAUGAAGGCGGUUCAGGAAACUAAAGACGACGAAGAAGUAAAAAAAAUCAUGGAUGAGUACAUGUUCUGUUUUAGAAACUGUUACACUGAGGCUGAAAUUGUGAAUCACAUCACCCAGAAGAUUCCUUCUUCAGUACCUGCGGAAGUGAGAAAUUUCUGUCAGGGGUUUAUAGCCGUGAUCGAUAAAGAUUUAAGAGACGUGUAUCUCAAGGAUGCUGAAGAUUGUGCUAGUGAAAGAAUGAGUCAGGCUCGUGAUACUUCUGAGGAAGCUAAGAGAAGUCAAGGUGAGGCCAGUACAUCUCACAAAUGUGGACCUAACUGCGACAAAUAAGACUCUUUUUUUUUGUUGUGUCCCUCCUAUACUAGGAUCAAAGUAUACGUUUUCUAAAUUUCUAUACAACAAAUAAGAGUGGUUUUUGUGUUACUAUACAACAAAAUCCACGUACGUUUAUGUUUCCCUUUGUUUAGAGGAGUUGUAGUACUCCCUUUAAUUCUCUUUGUUUAGGAGUUGGUCUUUGUGAUUCCAAAAUAAUAAACAAAUAGUAUAAUGAAAUACGAGAAAUAAAUUUGAUCAUCUUUU